CUUUUCGAACCGAUUUUAACGGCCCCGACAAGAAGAGCCCUAGAAACUUCGCCCGUUUGAUCUUUCGGGUUUGUUGCCUUCGAUCUUAAGGAGAUCGAAGGGAACCUUCGUUACGCACAAGAGGUGUAUCGGCGUUUGUUGAAUCGCGGCGCGUACUGCAUUACUAGGGUAGUGUUCCCGGUUUGGGGCUUUGUCUUCUUCAUUUUUUGUUGAUACUUGUACAUAAUUGGAAGUGAAUUCAUUCUUUGGUUGGUUCUUCUGGGGAGGAGUUUUUUUUGUUGAGCUCGGUUUCUGAAGAAUCUGAGCGGAAUUGGGUUUUUCGAGUUUGGUGUUUUGGUUUUAGUUGUGGACAUGGACGACGUGAAGGAUAAGUUUAAGGGCAUGAUGAAGAAGAUGAACAAUCCAUUCUCCUCUUCUUCUGGGAAAUUCACUGGCCAGGGUCGAGUUUUGGGGUCUUCAUCCAAUGCCACGUAUCAGGACCGUCUCGAUUCGCUGCAGAAAAAUGUCGAUAAGCAGAAAACAGGCCCCAUGAAACGAGCCGAGCCGAGACCUCAACUGCCACCCGUGAAAAGUAGUGAUUCUGUCCCAGGACCUCCGGAAAAAAGUGGCAACUUCAGUGCUAAAAGUGAUUAUCCUGGGCGCAGUGGCUUUGAUCCCUUCAGCCCGGUUAUUUCAUCUCGCAAAAGCUCUCAGAUGGACAAUUCGGUGGAUGUUUUCGAAUGCCCGCUUUGUGGUACAUUGUAUAACUCCGAGGAGGAAGUAUCACGGCACGCUUCGACUUGCUUGGAUUCAGGUAGAAAUGAUGACGUUGGUGCAGUAGGGAGCACUGACGAGAAAAUGGAGCUCAGAAACAAAUGUCUGAGUUCUGCUGGCACAUUCAUGUCUGGAGAUCCAUCUAAAGAGACGGUUGAUGUGGUCCUUAAGCUUCUCAAAAAUAUCAUAACUGAUCCCAACAAUACAAAGUUUAGGAGAAUAAGAAUGACCAAUCCAAAAAUAUGUGAUACGGUCGGUUCUGCUGUGGGAGGUGUAGAAUUGUUGGAAUGUGUUGGUUUUAGAUUACAAGAAGAGGAGGGGGAAAUGUGGGCCACCAUGGAAACACCUUCUGAGCUCCAGGUUUUCUUGAUUAGAGAAGUGAUUUCAUCAUUGGAACCUUCAAAGACGAGCGAGCCAUCUCCAUCAUCUUCAGUUCCACCAAAUGACACAAUGGAGCAAAAGAAAGUUGACAGGCAGGUUCGAGUUUUCUUUGCUGUCCCAGAAAGUGUAGCCGCAAAAAUCGAUCUUCCAGAUUCCUUCUAUAAUGUUACUGCUGAAGAGCUGAAAAAAGAAGUUGAUCUUAGGAAGAAAAAGAUCGCAGAAUCUCAACUGCUGAUUCCAAAGUCGUACAAGGAGAAGCAGGCAAAAUUGGCUAAGAAGAAAUGUAAAGUAUGUGUCAUUCGAAUCCAGUUUCCUGAUGGAGUGCUAUUACAAGGUGUCUUUCUUCCAUCAGAGGCUACAACAGCACUUUAUGAGUUCGUAAGUUCAUGUCUCAAAGAGCCCAGCUUGGAGUUCGAACUUCUCCAGCCAGCAGUGCCAAGAAGUAGAUUAGUACCCAAAGUAGCAAAUGCGAAUGGUCGAACCCCAACCCUGGAGGAAGAGGACUUGAUUCCUGCUACUCUUGUCAAGUUCAAGCCAAUUGAGACCGAUUCCAUACUUUUCACUGGUUUACGUAAUGAACUCCUGGAGAUUAUUGAACCACUUAAUGCAGGCUGAAGUCUAUGAACAAUCGGUUAUCGUCAAGGGAUUUAUUCUUGAAAACUCAGACGUUAUUGGGAUUCUUCAUCUAAGGAUGAUUUCCUGAUUGAUUAGCAAUUUGAUAAAUGACCACAACGAGUGUGAAUUGGUUGCCCAGGCUGAUCAUGUUAAUGAAACUAUAUUCGUGAGGCUUAUGCACAAAACACUUGCCUGGGUUGUGUAAUUUGCUGGUAUGUGUAUUUUAUCACCGUAAUUUAUGAAUGUGUAUUUUAUCAAUAUAAUUUAUGUUCAAGAGGUGCUACAGCAUUAA